AUGCCCCACCUGUCUCUUUUAAGUCGUGGGGCUGGGCAGGUGGUCCGAAAAACCCAGGAGAAGUUGGAAGUGCAUUUCGAACCAGAGGAUUACUUCAACUGGAAAUCCUCUGAACGCCGCUGCUAUGAUACCAGAGCACUGGAUGACAGUAAAGUCAUGGAGGGAUCUUGGAGCCUGUACCUUCCGAAAACCUACAGCACAAAAACAGGCGCGCUCGUUCUGUAUUCGGAAGAUCUAGCCAAACCGUCUAGGAAGCUGAGAAAGAGCCAGCAAAUAUUUAGAAGCAAAAGCAGGGCCUUACAUGUAGAACUUCACACCCUGCGAGAUCUGGUGCGAGCCAUCUUGGCAUAUGGAGGCAAACAGGCACGGAGGGAUCGGAAGGAGACAGCAGGGCAGCCGUAUCUUCACUUCCUACGUGAUCCAGCUAUCCAGCCCGACAGGCAAAUGAGACCAGGUUAUUCAGCCAAGAGGUACCUCCUCAAACUCCUCAAGGUCGCUCAGACCUGGGAUCCAAACAUUUUACAAAAACUUCAAUGUGCAGGAUACAUCAAGGAUCCUUUCGUGCUUGAGGACAAUGUACAGUACCACAGAAGGAAACAAGAUCUGUCAGCUGUUCCUCCAAAAUAUAACCUCCUGCCUGUUUUCUGUCCGCCUUGCUCAUAUCCAUGGGCUGAGAUGGAGAAGGCAAAUCCAGGCCUUGGUCUUUCAUCCAGCAUGAAAUCUGAGAACGAAGCCAGGUUGGUGGAUGGCUACAAAGGAGAACAACACGCCAGAAGGAAACCUCCGAUUCCUUUCAGGAUUUCUGUAAGAAAGCUCAGUUUUCACUUGAGUCCUCCGGAUACAAAGGGGAGCACCUGGAGACAGAAGGCCUCAUAUGGAGGAACUGCAGAGAACCCCAAUGUGGGAGUUGACCAAAACCUGGAGGCAGCCAAGGAGGGUCAAGACCAAACUGAAUCGGCAAACCAGUCUACAGAUUGCCCAGUUUUGGAGAAGAUCCGUAGUGAUACUUUGGAUCUUUGGCGUGAGAAACCCCACGUGACUUUCUAUGGAGGUUUUUUCCCUGGAAGAAAGAUCUCAGAUAGUGUCAACCAAAGGAAACUGAAGAACUCGAAUGGCAGAGAAGGGGGCCCUUCCCAUUUCUUGCCCCUUAUCCAGACUGGCACAAGCUCCAACCAGAAUGAAGCCAGGAAUACACAGAGGAAACAGAUGCCAGAGAUUUUUAGGUUACCUGUGAUAUCCGAAGACCAACUCAGUGCUCACAGGGGAAAACUUAAAUCCAGAGAGCUCCCAAAAGAACUUGCGAUCUUUCCUUUGCUGGUUCGGUUGGAAAGGGAGCCCCACACCAAAAGGAAAAACACUAGAGCUGGUUUUGACAGAUCCGGUUCUGAGGCUUAUGUCUGCGAUAAGCUGUUGGCUCUUUCGUCAGAUGAUCACGUCCCUGAGCCAGGACACAGAAACAAGCAGCGCCUGGUGGUCAGCAGUGAGAUCCCACAGAAUCCUCAGUGUAGUUUUUCCUUACCUCCAAUAAGUAACGGAGAGUUUACCCUCAGUAGGACGAAGACAAGAAAGAGAGACAGUGGAGCUGAAACGAACAGUCCACAUCAAAGAGGUUAUAUCCAAGAUGGCGUCCCAAUGUUGGGUCCCCUGUCAGCAAUCACCAGAAAGAAGGAUCCAGGAGAUCAGGAUAAAAGGGCUGUCUUUGAAACCUCCACCAUCACCAGUGCUGGCAUAAAUGGUGUUUGUAAGGAUCUACCUGUUGGAAUUACUAACACUGUUAUGCAAGAAAAACUGGGAGAAUGUCAUACUGGCACUUCACUCAGCAGUCUCCCUGUGGGUCGUGAUGGAGAAAAUGUUUGUCCAUCGCCCUUGGGAUCCGUUCAAGCUACUAGAGAUCCUGAAUAUCUUGAAUUUGUUCCGGUGGAAGAAGUGGAUGGCACAGGAUCCCUUGAAGCAAAAAUUGGUGUUUCCAGAAACCUGUCGGAGAUCUCCUUUUCUGCUCCAGAACUGGAUGAGAAGGUAAAUCCCCAAACACAAGAAGUUGGAAGAGUACCAGAAACUGAGAGCUGCCCACCAAAUGAACAAAGCACCAUGGGAAAUGGGAGCACUGGUGCUGAAUCCAGAAAAGAGAUUCAGCAAAUUCAAGAUGGCUUCCAUGGAAACAACCUCCUGCUGCAGAGGAAACAGAAAAAGGGGCACUCUGGAUUGCCAAAAACACAAGUCCCAAAGCAGAAGGAAGGUACACAGGUGCCAAGCAAGCAGUUGCAGGGAAGGAGUUCCAGAGGCAAGGCCCGGCUGAACUCCACGCCACUGGCAAGAAGUUCCAGAGAUAUAGGGAAAGAGGUGGAGAACUUACCUCAGUCAGAUAGCUUCUCACGUUUGGAGCCGAGUCUAAGCCAGUGGAUGAUUCCUGAAUCAGAGAUGGACCUUGACUCAGCCGUCUGGGAGUUUCCUGGCCUCGAAAUGGAGCUGAGCAUCGGAAUGGGCAUACAUUCUUCUGAAUAUCAAGCGGAGGCAGGAGAGAACAACAACACAACUUUGCCAGAGAAACCCAGCUUACAAACUGGCCGUAGCUCCGCUGACGAUGGUUUAGCAAACAAACUGAUAACCAGGCAGAAGAAACCUGAAUUGAAGAAAGAUGGGCCGGGGUCUAAAGCACAGAAAAAGAGCCCUAAGAAUGAUAAACGUCAUAGCCGGGCAGAGUUUGUUGUAGGAAAACCAAAACAGAAAAAGGCCGUUGGAAAAACAGCUUCUUUCUCCAAGGAGAAGGCAGAUAUUAAAAAUUCAGAGGCACUUGAAGAAACCGACGAACAGGAAGAGGAGGAGCAGAAGGAAGCAGAGGCUGAAGCAAAGCAGAUUGUUUCUGGUGCUGAAGAGGACGCCUUGGGAGAGGCAUUGGACAAAAGUACUUCUCCUGCUCUCAGUCUUACGGAAGAGGGCCCCUUGCCUCCCGAUGACGGACAGCCUUUUCCUACAGAUGUUGAGCAUCCUUCUGGGUUUCAUACAGACAAGGCUCGUGAGACCCCCACUGCAAACUCCCCAAUAGUUUACACUGCAGUUGGUUCCCAGACCAUUGUAGUGCCAAACGGUGAGCUGCCUGAGGUUCUCCCUGUGACCGAGAGAGAGAAGUUAUCACGGGAGAGGAUAAUAGCGGAGAGGGCGGAGAAGCGACGGCUGGCAGUAGAGAGGAAGCGAAGAGAACAGGAGGAGCAGAAAUGGAAACAGCAGGAGGAGCAGGAGCGGAUGGAGCGGAUGAAGGAAGAAAUGGAGGAGGAACGAUGGCGAAGAAUUGAGGAGAUACGUUUAAGAAAGCAACAGCUCCAAGAAGAGCACCAGCGCCAGGAGGAAGAAGUAGCCAGGAAGCUCCAAGCGGAAAAGGCAGCCCAGGAACGCUUCCGACAGCAGCAGGAGGAACUCCGCAGGAAGCUUCUAGAAGCUCAGAAGAAGAAGGAGGAAGAGGACCGGAACCGUGCAGAAGUCGAGAAACGGCAGCAGAAAGAAAGGGAAAUGUGGCUAGAAGAGGAACGCCGACGCGUAGCUGAGAUGGCCGAAGAACAACGGGUGGAAUACGAGAAACGGAAACGAGAGGAAGAAGAGAGAGCAAGGCACGAGGCAGAGGAGAGAAGGAAGAAAGCGGAAGAAGCGGCUAGACUUUCCUUGGAGGAAGCAAGGAAACAAGCGUUGUUACUGGCGAGGCAAAGGGCAGAGCAAGAACAGAAACAGCAGUUCCAACACACACUUUUUGUGGAAGCCAGCGGACUUGAACGACGGCAGGAUAUUUCACGCCCCUGGGUUUAUUCCUACUUCCAGCAUCCUUUUCUAAAAGUGGGAGAUGAAGAAUGAAGAAUUCUGCACAAAGGACUUUUUUAUUUAGUGAUUUCAGCAGAGCGUGGUCAUCUCAUCCAA